AGCUGUUGGCUCAUAGCAAAGUUCAAUCAUUUGGGGCCGAAAGAUCGCUUAUGGGCGACAAGUUGGAGAGGCGAUUUGCCACUCGCGCAGUUCAUUCGGGAACCAAGCACAUCCAGGGCGCCGUGAACACCCCGAUUUUCCAAUCAUCAACCUAUCGUUUGAGUGAUGACCGCUAUGCAGGUUGGGCGGGCGGCGCCCAACACACACUGAUAUAUUCUCGAUUGUCCAGCGUCAAUUCAGAAGCGUGUGUGGAGAAGAUUUGCGCCCUUGAAGGGGCAGAGGAUGGAGAGCUCUUUGCCAGUGGCAUGGCCGCGAUUUCGACGGUCAUGCUUGGCCUUCUUUCCAACGGAGAUCACAUGGUUGCCAGUGCUGACGUGUAUGGGGGAACCUAUGGACUGAUGACAGAAGAGUUGCCUCGGUUCGGCAUCCAUGUCACCAUGGCCAACAUGCAGGACACAGCCUCCUAUGAGGCCGCCAUUCAAGGCAACACGAAGAUGAUCUACAUCGAGACGUUGUCGAACCCAGUCCUCAAGGUCUGCGACAUUGCAGCGAUGGCGGCAAUUGCGAAAAGACACCAUCUCUUGCUUGUCAUUGACAAUACAUUCACCUCUCCAUGGGGUUGCCAACCCAUAGCACUGGGUUGUGAUAUCGUCAUUCAUUCCACGACCAAAUAUCUCAGCGGGCAUAGCGACAUCGUGGGCGGCGCGGUGGUCGGGCGGAAGGACCUGAUAGCAGAGAUCUUUACAAAGAAGAUCCACUUCGGAGGUGCGCCCGAUCCACACGCCUGCUACCUGCUGGAGCGUGGCAUGCGGACUUUGAGCGCCAGGAUGCCCAUCCAUUGCCGGAAUGCCGCUGAGAUCGCCAGGCGCUUGGACGCCCACCCCCAGAUUGAGAAGACCAUCCACCCCUCCUUGCCCAGCCAUCCGGACCACGAGCUGGGCAAACGCAUCAUGCCCAAGGGCACGGGGAUGUUGGCCUUCGUGGUGGAGGGAGGUGACGCUGCAGCCGUCCGCUUCAUGCGUAACCUCCAGCUCAUUUUUGAGGCGACCAGUUUGGGUGGGGUAGAGAGUCUCAUUGAGUGCCCCUUCAACUCCAGUCACAGGUUCAUUCCAGAACCAGUGCGAACCGCCGCAGGCGUGGUUCCGGGAUUUGUCCGCAUCAGUGUUGGAAUCGAGGACGUAGAAGAUAUUUGGCACGACAUCGAACAAGCACUUGCUCAGCUUUAGGGCCGGGUGAAUCGUUCCAUGCAGCGAAUCCAUCCGUGACUGGGAAGCCUCCCUCGGCUGAUUUGUCGCCAGAUUCUUGCUGGUGUGCAUGUGUGCAGCGAAUUUGUCUUGUACGAUUCAGCGUGGUUGAAUCCAGACGCACUCAGGCUGACAAGUGGACGCGGUAUCUCUUAGAAAUAGCCGUGCUGUGUGCCGCGAGACGUGGUCGCAGAGCCUUUGUCAGGAGAGCCUCGAUGCACAGGCCGACCUGUAAGAGUACUGUAUAGCCGCUUUCUUGCGGAGCUCGUGCUUCAAGGCGUGCUGACAGGUUGCCAAUCGGCUCGGGGAAAGCUGAAGUUUGGGCAAAGGAAAGCCUCUGAGAGCUUCUCGUGUGAGGGCCUUCCCCGAGCUUUGCGCGGACCUUUUGAAAUGCCGCGCAAAGCAUCUGCCUUUCAGACCGAGCUGGCGACUUUAGAGUGGGACCCCUGAAGUGGGGGCCAAGUGUUGUCGCCUUUUUUUGGGUGGCUCAGCCCAGGCGCGCUGUUGACAUGCGCAGGCUUGCUGUUUGUCUUGAUUUGCACUUUUCACACGAUAAGUUUGCCGCACACUUGGCAUGCGCGCGUUCUUGCUGUUGCUCAAGGCUAGGUUGACAAAGAUCAUC